GGCGGGGCCGGGGGGCGGUUCCGCAGGGCCCCGUUAAAGCGGCGGCGGCCCGAGUCGACGGUGGAGGCGAUGGGCAGCGAGGGCCAGCGGGGCCCGGCGGCGGCCCGGGGCCCGGGGCCGGGCGACCCCCGGGCCCUGCGGAGGGACUGCCAGCACCGGAUCUUUGUCAACCGGAGCCUGGCGCUGGAGAAGAUCAAGUGCUUUGGCUUUGACAUGGACUACACCUUGGCCAUGUACAAGUCGCCUGACUAUGAGGAGCUGGCCUUCGCUCUGUUGCUGGAGCACCUUGUCACCAUCGGGUACCCUCCUGAGAUCCUUGCCUACAAAUAUGACCCCACCUUCCCCACCCGGGGGCUGGUGUUCGAUGCCCUGUACGGGAACCUGCUGAAGGUGGAUUCCCAUGGGAACCUGCUGGUCUGUGCCCAUGGCUUCCGUUUCCUCAAGGGAGCCGAAAUCCUCCACUAUUACCCCAACAAGUUCAUCCAGCGGGAUGACAUGAAACGCUUCCACAUCCUCAACACCCUCUUCAACCUCACAGAGGCCCACCUUUAUGCCUGUCUCGUGGACUUCUUCACCAACUGCUCCAGAUAUGUCAACUGUGACACCGGCUACAAGCACGGGAACCUCUUCAUGUCAUUCCGCAGCAUGUUCCAGGAUGUGCGCGAGGCCAUGGACCAUGUCCACCUCUCUGGCUGCCUCAAGGAGAAGACACUGGAGAACCUGGAGAAAUACGUGGUAAAGGAUCCCCGUGUGCCACUGCUGCUGAGCCGCAUGAAGGAGGUGGGGAAGGUCUUCCUGGCCACCAACAGUGACUACACCUACACUGAUGCCAUCAUGUCCUACCUGUUUGACUUCAGCAAUGAGGUCAAGGCUGACGUCCCACGGCGGCCCUGGAGGUCCUAUUUCGACCUGAUUGUGGUGGACACCCGCAAGCCCCUCUUCUUUGCUGAGGGCACUGUCCUGCGCCAAGUGGACACGGACACGGGGAAGCUGCGCAUUGGGACGUACACUGGCCCCCUGCAGCACUGUGCUGUGUACUCCGGUGGCUCCUCAGAUGUGGUGUGUGACCUCCUGGGUGUGAAGGGCAAGGACAUCCUCUACAUGGGGGACCACAUCUUUGGGGACAUCCUGAAAUCCAAGAAGCGGCAGGGCUGGCGCACCUUCCUGGUGGUACCUGAGCUGGCCCGAGAGCUGCAAGUCUGGACAGAGAAGAGUGAGCUGUUUGAGGAGCUGCGGAGCCUGGAUCUCUUCCUGGCCGAGCUGUACCAGCACUUGGACAGUGGCAGUAGUGAGCGCCCAGACAUCAGCUCCAUCAAGCGUCGGAUCCAGAAAGUCACACAUGAGAUGGACAUGUGCUAUGGGAAGAUGGGCAGCCUGUUCCGCUGUGGCUCACGUCAGACACUCUUUGCCAACCAGCUGAUGCGCUAUGCAGACCUCUACGCUGCCUCCUUCAUCAACUUCCUCUAUUACCCCUUCAGCUACCUCUUCCGGGCUCCCCCUGUCCUGAUGGCCCAUGAGUCAACAGUGGAGCACUCUCACCGGGACUCAGGGGACGCCAGCACUGCCCUUCCUCCCUGGCUGGCUCAGCAUGGUGACCCUCACCCGCAGGUCCCCCAGGACUCAAGCGAGGAGGAGGAAGAUGAUGGAGAAGCCUGAGCACCCCCCAACUGCCAUGCCACCCACGGGAGGACAUUCAGUGGCCCUGGACCACUUGCACUCAUGGCUAGCUACCACCAGACAUAAAAUUGAUUUUAAAGGAAAACUGCUUUGUCCCUGCACCUGAGAGGCGAAGGCAAAGGGCAGUCCGCAAAUCCUUGUCCAGCAGCUGGGGCAAGCACAAGCCCCUAGGGAGAAGGUGGCAGCCCCGAGCUAUACCCAGCUCUGCAGAAGGGCCAGGCCACAGAGCAGAGUCAUUCCUGCCAGAACUGCUCUGAGGCUUCUGCCAGCUUCCAUGGCUCAGUCAAGAUGCUGAGCCAAGGCUGGGUUGGGAGAGGGAGGGAGGAGAAGAGCGUGACGGGGCCAGGGGCGCUGCUUGCUGGGGCUGGCUGGGUGAGAGUAGGGCUCCCCGACCUUCCACCGCUGCUGUAUGGUCUCUGUUCACAGCACCUGCCACUCCCCUCAGCAGCCUCUCGCCUGGUACCUUGUGCUGCUGCCCGCUCCAAGUGUAGGCACACACAUCUCCACUGUGAAGUUUAAUAUUUGAAACCUCAUUUAUAAUUUAAAAACACAUUUAGAUAUUUAAAACUGCAUUUAGAUAUUUGAUUCAUGCUUAUUCUGUGCCAAACCCUCCCCCCUAGAUCUGAGGGGCAGCAAGAGCAGUCACGGGAGUGUGUACAAGGCAGCACGGUGGGCAGGCAGCCUGCUCCUGCUGGGAACCCCUCAGGGGCUCUUGGGGGGAUAUGAACUCAAGCCCUCCAGCUCUGUCACUUCUAGCAAAGCCUUGUUUUUCCGGAAGAAGAAGAGUCUCUUCCUCAGCAUCCAGGAUUUCACUGAGGGAUGACACCACAGGGUCACGGUCCUUCAGCAUUUCUAUCUUCCCCUUGGAUAAUUGAUUCUAGUAUUCCAGAGGGGUGUCAAAGUAUAGACUCCAGUGCUGGCAUUCAUUGGGGCCAGUAAACCCUGGAGCAGGGCUAGUGGUCAGCGAUGCCAGCAGCUGUUGCCCACCAGGGCCCUCGCUCAAGCUGUGACAUCCACCAGGGAUCUGCCUUGAGUUGGCUCAGUCAGCCUGGGCUGCUGCUGCAGACUGCACUGCUAGGUUCCAGGGCACUGUCAGUGGCACACUCAAGGUCCAUGCUGGCUUUGGCUGGGGUAGAAUUACUUUCCUUCCCAGCGGUUGGUAUGGGGGUUGUGCUUGGGAUUUGCAAUAAACACAGUGAUGAUAA